UACCUUUUGAACCGGAAGUAAUAGCGCGAUCCAUGUGCGCCUGUCUAACACAACUUUUCUAGAUCGUUCUUCGUUACGUAUUUACCUUUCGGACUCGACUCUGGUUUAAUUUUUUUUUUUUUACUUACAACGCACAGCUAACUAGAGUUUCCAAAAUCAUGUCGGCGAUAGGCGAGGAUCGCGUGCGCGGCGUUAUGUUUAAAGACAUCAACGCAGACGAGGAGGACGCUCAGCCCACUGAAAUCGAGAGCUUGUGUAUGAACUGUUACGAGAAUGGAAAGACGCGUUUUCUUCUAACCAAAAUCCCCUUCUUCAGGGAAAUCAUCAUCAGUUCCUUCACAUGUUCCCACUGUCACUGGACCAAUACAGAAAUACAGUCUGCAGGCCGGAUCCAAGAGCAGGGAGUCUGCUACACACUCCACAUAAAGACUAAAGAGGAUCUGAACCGUGAGGUCGUGAAGACGGACAGUGCAACUGUUAGAAUACCUGAGUUGGACUUUGAAAUCCCUGCAUUCACACAGAAGGGUGCACUGUCCACCAUUGAGGGACUCCUCGACAGAGCGGUAGCAGGAUUAGAACAAGAUCAAUCAAUACGGCGGGCCACAGAUCCAGAAGUUGCAGACAAAAUAGAUCAAUUUAUUCAGAGGUUGAAAAAGCUGAAAGAUGUUGAAGAAGAAUUCACACUGAUAAUUAAUGAUCCUUCAGGGAACAGUUUUAUCGAGAAUCCAUUUGCACCACAGAAAGACCAAGCUCUCACUGUAUCUCAUUACAAAAGGACACCUGAGCAAAACACAGCCCUUGGGAUACAGGAAAGUGAACCAGAGCAAGAGGAGAAACCAGAGCAAGAGGAGAAACCUGCCAAUGAUCUGGAGACAAUAAGGAACGAAGUCCUGGUGUUCAACACUAACUGCCCAGAGUGCAACGCUCCUGCCGCAACAAACAUGAAGCUUGUCCAAAUUCCACAUUUCAAAGAAGUUAUCAUCAUGGCCACCAACUGUGACAGCUGUGGACAUCGAACUAAUGAGGUCAAAUCCGGUGGUGCCACAGAGGAGCUGGGAACCAGAAUUACUCUUCACCUCACAGACCCGUCAGACAUGUCACGAGACCUGCUAAAGUCGGAGACGUGCGGUGUGCUGAUUCCAGAACUGGAGUUUGAGCUGGGUAUGGCGAUGUUGGGUGGAAAAUUCACCACUGUGGAAGGGCUCCUUAAGGACAUCAAGGAACUGAUCAUCAUGAAAAACCCCUUCAUUUGUGGAGACAGUGCCGCAUCUGACAUAACUGAGAAACUGGAGCUGUUCGGGAAAAAGAUCGACAAGAUUAUGUCAGGAGAAAUGGAUGCCCACAUCAUCCUGGAUGAUCCAGCAGGGAACAGUUACCUGCAGAACAUUUAUGCUCCAGACCUCGAUCCUGAGAUGAAGAUCGAAAAGUAUGUGCGAACGUUCGAACAGGAUGAAGAGCUCGGAAUAAAUGACAUGAAAACAGAGGGAUAUAGCGAGGCUGAGAAAUGAGACGGAUAUAAACCAGCAGCCAGGGGGUCAAGAUUAGAUAAAGCUAUGAUUUGUUUUGUUAUUAUUGUUUUUAUUCAGGAAGACCUGUAAGAGUAAUUAAGUCAAGUGUACCAAAAAGGGAGAAAAUGCAAGUACUAGCUUGACCUUUAAGUUAAUGCAAAUGCCCUGGUUUCCUUUCAGCUACAUACAAAGAACAUUUUUUUUUUGGUUUUGUACUUGGCUAAACCACCAAAUAUUGUGAAAUUAAGUUAUGUAUUAAAGCCUAUUAUUUAAAUAGCUCUUAAUUUGUUACUAACCUCAUGUGCAUUGAUUUCCUUUAAACCAGGUAAAUAAAUAACUGUACAUAACAUAUGCAUUGUUUGUAUAAUAAACAUGAUAUGAACCGGU